UUCCAAUGUUUGAACACCCUCCAGUAGUCGAGAGAACUUCGUGGUGGAACAAUGAGUGGGCCCCAAGCUGAGAAUGGUCAAUCCUUGCUGAUUGGACGCACAAUCGACCACUUGGCCACCCCAGCAUUUGUCGUUGAUCUGGAUGUGGUCAAAGCCAAUUGUGAGCGGAUGCUUGCUCGGGCCCAAAAAGGUGGAUUGCACCUUCGAGGUCAAACCAAGACGCACAAAACUGUGGAAGGAGCCAUUUACCAGACAGGAGGAACCAGAAGAGGUUUGGUGACUUCGACGUUGGUUGAGUCGGAAAUGUACGCCAACGCCGGUUUCGACGACAUUCUGUACGGAUAUCCAAUUCUCUCGACACACAUGCAACGGAACUUGAAAUUGGCGCAAAAACUGGAGAGCUAUCACCUCAUGGUAACGAACAAGGAAUCCAUCCAGAUUCUGUUGGCCAAUCCCCCUCCACCGGGGAAAAAAUGGUCGGUGUUCAUGAAAAUUGAUUGUGGCAACUCUCGGGAAGGGUUUUGGUGGUCUGAUCAGGAUUGUAUUGAAGCGGCCCUCGAAAUACGGAAAUAUCCCGCAGUCAUGACCUUGCAAGGGACCUACGUCCAUUGUGGAAACACCUACAAAAGCCAAGAUUCGAACCAAGUGGAAAAGACCCGAGAUGAGACUAUCAAAAUGCUAAUUGGUGUAUCGAAACGGAUGUCGGAGCAUGGGAUCAAGUUUGACAACAUUGGUAUUGGAUCCACCCCUUCGUGCAGCCACGAUAGCGCCCUCUAUGCCCAAAUCAGCGAGAUUCAUCCGGGUAAUUACGUUUUCUAUGAUGCCCAACAAGAGAAAUUGGGAUCGUGUGGGAUGGGAGAUGUGGCCGGGAAAGUUUUGACCCGAGUCAUAGGUCAUUCAGUACGGCGGAAUCAAUUGUUGGUAGAUUGUGGCUUUUCGGCACUGACCAAGCAAGGGUUUCAAGAACUGGACCAAUCCUUUGCCCGGGUUGAGGGUCAUCCAAUGCUUAAACUUUGUGACAUGACACAAGAGAUUGGAAAAGUUGGAUGGGAUUUGGAUGACUCAAUUAACUUCGACGACUUUCCUGUGGGGUCCACACUCUCAUUGAUCCCAUACCAUGCUUGUGCCACUGCAGCCAUGUAUCCAGUUUACUACGUGCAUCAAAACCAAAUGAUUAAAGAGGAAUGGAGGCCAUGUCGGGGAUGGUAAUUAAUGCAAGAGAACCAAUAUGUAUAUUUCGAAUGGCAUGCACUUUUGAAUUUAGGGUAUAUUCUGAAAUAAUGGGGUAAAACCCGGACUAAAUAGCAAAUAUAUAUUUAUAGUAUAAAGUAGAGAAUGAAAAAUUCUUGUGUGAUAUUUAUGUACAAUC